UACAGUACCAAAGGGAAGGGCUCCGCAUUUCCGAUUCUCGAAUUCAAGUGCGAAACCACCGCACCUGCCGGCGCCGUCGCCGGAAUAUUCUUUCAUUUGGUCUCCUGUUUUUUCGCCGAUUCUCUCUCGGUGUAGGACCCGUUGACUCGCUGUUGAGGAGGAGGAGAGAUUUGUUUGUCAAUAAUCGCGAUUAAAUAGUAGGGUUUUCGUGAGGUGGAACUGAGCUGCUGAAAUGGAGAGGUUGGGAUCGGAGGCGGCUUUGGCGGGGAUGGAGGCGAAUAUGAGGGACGAUCUUUGCAUGGAGAUCGAUUCUUCUUUCAAGGAGAAUGUCGCGACCGCCGAGGACUGGCGGAAGGCGCUCAACAAGGUGGUUCCCGCUGUCGUGGUCCUUCGCACCACUUCUUGCCGUGCCUUCGACACCGAGUCCGCCAGUGCUUCCUAUGCUACUGGCUUUGUGGUGGACAAGCGUCGUGGGAUUAUUCUCACCAAUCGCCAUGUCGUCAAACCUGGACCGGUUGUUGCGGAAGCCAUGUUUGUGAACCGCGAGGAAAUUCCUGUUCAUCCAAUCUAUAGAGAUCCUGUUCAUGAUUUUGGCUUCUUUGGCUACAACCCUUCUUCAAUACAAUUCCUUAGCUAUGAGGAGAUUCCUCUUUCACCUGAAGCUGCAUGUGUGGGGCUUGAAAUUAGGGUGGUUGGGAAUGAUAGCGGAGAAAAGGUUUCGAUUUUGGCUGGAACUCUUGCACGUUUGGAUAGAGAUGCUCCACAUUAUAAAAAGGAUGGUUACAAUGACUUCAAUACAUUCUACAUGCAAGCAGCUUCUGGGACAAAAGGUGGUUCAAGUGGUUCUCCUGUUAUUGAUUGGCAAGGCAGAGCAGUUGCCUUGAAUGCUGGGAGCAAGACAUCUAGUGCUUCAGCAUUUUUCUUGCCUUUAGAAAGAGUUGUAAGGGCCUUGAGAUACUUGCAGAAAGGAAUAGAAUCAUUUAGUACUACAUGGGAGGCAGUCACAAUUCCCCGUGGUACGCUUCAGGCCACAUUUCUCCACAAAGGAUUUGAUGAGACGCGAAGGCUUGGAUUCAGAAGUGAAACAGAACAGUUAGUGCGCCAUGCUUCUCCAACUGGGGAAACAGGAAUGCUUGUUGUUGACUCAGUUGUACCUGAGGGCCCAGCUCACAAACGCUUGGAGCCAGGUGAUGUGCUUAUUCGGUUGAAUGGUGAGGUGACCACCCAGUUUCUGAAGAUGGAAAAUCUUCUUGAUGAUAGUGUUAAUGAUAAAGUUGAACUUCAAAUUGAAAGAGGUGGUAAACCGUUGACUUUAGAUUUAACGGUUCAGGAUUUGCACUCUAUCACUCCAGAUUGCUUUCUUGAAGUGAGUGGUGCUGUUAUUCACCCUCUGUCAUAUCAGCAGGCCAGGAACUUCCGAUUUCAAUGUGGUCUUGUGUAUGUUGCAGAACAAGGAUAUAUGUUACUCAGGGCGGGGGUUCCACGGCAUGCUAUUAUUAAGAAGUUUGCUGGUGAAGACAUAUUGAAACUUGAAGAUUUUAUCUCUGCUCUCUCUAAACUAUCAAGAGGUGCAAGGGUACCAUUAGAGUAUAUAAGUCAUACAGAUCGUCACCGUAGAAAGUCUGUCCUAGUGACAAUUGAUCGCCAUGAGUGGUAUGCUCCUCCUCAAAUAUACAAGCGUGAUGAUACUUGUGGCUUGUGGACUGUAAAACCUGUGUUGCCACCAGACUCUCCACUCUUAUCACCUCUGGUCAAUGACAUUGAACGAGAUUUAGCAAGCAAUAGAAUUUCAUCAUGUGCUGCUGAGGUCACUCCAAUAGAACAAGCACAUCAAUGUGUUGGCCAAGAGGCAAUGGAUGGUGUGACUAAUAUGGAAACUAACUGUGAACAAAUUGUUGAGGGCCCGCAUACUUCAGAUGAAUCUGACGCUGGGACCAAAAAAAGGAGGGUGGAGGACUUAUCGACUGAUGGUACUUUAUCACCUGACUGUUCCUUACAUGAAUCUAGGGAAGAAAGAAUAGAGGACACAGGAACAGAAACCCAAACAGUUUUGAGGGAUCAUCAAAGUGCUGCAGCUGGAGCCACUAAUGCUUCCAUAGCUGAGCGUGUGAUUGAACCAACUCUUGUGAUGUUAGAGGUUCAUGUACCAUCUUCUUGUAUGCUUGAUGGGGUGCAUUCGCAACAUUUCUUUGGAACUGGUGUCAUCAUAUAUCACUCUGAAACCAUGGGAUUGGUUGCUGUUGAUAAAAACACUGUUGCCGUGUCUGUCUCUGAUGUGAUGCUGUCUUUUGCUGCUUAUCCUAUUGAAAUUCCUGGAGAGGUUGUUUUUCUUCAUCCUGUGCACAACUUUGUGCUUGUUGCAUAUGACCCCUCUGCUCUUGGUGCUGGCGCUGCUGUAGUAAGGGCCGCUGAACUACUUCCUGAACCUGCUCUUCGUCGUGGAGAUUCUGUAUGCCUUGUGGGAUUGAGUAGGAGCCUACAAGCAACUUCUAGGAAAUCGUUUGUCACAAAUCCUUCUGCUGCUCUGAAUAUUGGUUCCGCUGAUUGUCCAAGAUACAGAGCAACCAAUAUGGAAGUGAUUGAGCUUGAUACAGAUUUUGGCAGUACAUUCUCUGGUGUUCUUACAGAUGAUCUUGGAAGGGUUAAAGCUAUAUGGGGGAGCUUUUCAACACAGACUUCAAUCUUCCAGCUCAAGUAUAAUUGUAGCUCGUCUGAAGACCAUCAAUUUGUUCGUGGUAUUCCAAUUUAUUCAAUAAGCCAGAUACUUGAUAAAAUCACAUCUGGUGUGGAUGGUCCUACCCUGCUGAUAAAUGGAAUCAAAAGGCCCAUGCCACUUGUAAGAAUGCUAGAGGUUGAACUUUAUCCCACUUUGCUCUCCAAGGCUAGGAGUUUUGGCCUGCAUGACUCCUGGAUCCAGGCACUGGUAAAAAAAGAUCCUAUAAGACGACAGGUUUUAAGGGUUAAAGGAUGUUUAGCAGGAUCCAAAGCGGAAAAUCUACUAGAACAGGGUGACAUGGUUUUGGCAAUCAAUAAAGAGCCUGUUACGUGUUUUCAUGAUAUCGAAGAUGCGUGCCAAAGACUAGACCACAGUAAUGGCAUUGAGAAUGAUGGGAAGCUUACAAUGACAAUAUUUCGUCAGGGUCGCGAAAUCGAUCUAGUGGUUGGAACAGAUGUUAGGGAUGGGAACGGAACCACUCGUGCCAUAAAUUGGUGUGGUUGUAUUGUUCAGGAUCCUCAUUCAGCCGUCCGAGCUCUUGGAUUUCUUCCUGAAGAAGGGCAUGGUGUUUAUGUGGCCAGGUGGUGUCAUGGGAGUCCAGUGCAUCGCUAUGGUUUAUAUGCGUUGCAAUGGAUUGUUGAAGUGAAUGGGGAACCUACUCCCGAUUUGGACGCUUUUGUUGCUGUGACUAAGGAAAUCGAGCACGGGGAGUUUGUUCGUGUAAGAACGGUGCACUUGAAUGGCAAGCCUCGAGUGCUGACACUAAAGCAGGACUUGCAUUACUGGCCAACAUGGGAGCUGAGAUUUGACCCUGAGGCUUCAAUAUGGCGUAGGAGGACAAUCAAGUCGCUAGAUUGCAGGUCCAUGUGAUUCCUUUAUGUGUGCAAUGCUGCUUUAUCUUUCGACUUAAAUGCUGCUGCAAAGAAUGAGAAGUUGCCUUGGAAUAUUUCCUCAAAAUCAUUUAACUGUCUUCCUUCAUCCAUAGUUGCCACCAAUAUGAGAUUAGCAGCCAAUUAUUUGUUGUAUAUUUUUUGCUAUAAAGAGACAAACAGGCUGAGCCCUACACAUUUGCAUGUAGAAAUAGUAUUAUAUAGGUCAUGCUUGUUUUGAAACAAUUAAGGGUUUUCCUAUGUUUUAUUACUAUUGCCUGUUAUUUAUAUUAAAUAUUUUGUUUAUGUUUAACAUCUCAUCUUUCUCAACGAGUUC